AUGGGCGAGCUCCGGCUGUGCCGGGCGCGCACGAUCUUGCACCCGGACCGCCUGUGGAUCUGGGAGAAGGCCGUGUACUUGGAUGAGAACCAGCGCACCUGGCUGUCCAUAACCAUGGAGACGGAGAGUGGGCUCCAGGUGCUCCUGCGUCAGGAAGAUGUCCCCCUGGGGGAGCCUGUGCGCCCCAGCCAGAUGCUCCCCUGCCCGCUGCCUUUGAUGUGGCAGCUCUACCCUGACGAAAGAUACCGAGGCUCAGACUCCAGUUUCUGGCGCAUAGUGUACCACGUCAAGGCGAGUGUGUUUCCCCCAGAGGUGAUCUUGGGUGGCCUGCUCCCCCUCCCCCGUCUGGCCUCAGUGGUGGAUCUAUUCCCUCCAUCUCUGCACCAAAAGCUAAAAAGGUGGGGAGAAUUUACAACUCACCAAAAGCUAAAAAAGUGGGGAGAAUUUACCUCUGUCCAUUUUAAAGGACUGGAUUAGAGAGAAGUUAGAUUCUCUGAGGUGGGUCACAGCAGCCCCCUCGGCAGCAGG